GUUCCACCCAGGGACUUGGCACAGCCAUGCUGCUCAUGCCGUCCGUCCUACUACUGCUGCCCCUGCUGGUGAUGCCAGCCCCCUCCCACGCCUGGUCACGGCCCCUGUGGUAUCAGGUGGGGCUGGACCUACAGCCCUGGGGGUGUCAUCCCAACACCCUGGAAGGCUGUGGGGGCAAUCUGGGCUGUCCUGGCCACUGGAUGGGCCUGGGGAUGAACCGCAUCUACCCUGUGGCUGGGGCCACACUCACCACCACCAUGAUGCUGAUGGUCAGCCGUGCGGUGCUGCAGCGGUGGCGCGCUCAGGGUGCUAAGUCUGAGGUGACCACUAGUCCCUCUGGACCCUGGAAACGGCGGCAUCCGAUCUCAGACCGCGCCCUGGUCAUUGGGGUCCUGCACAUGCUGGAUGCCCUUCUGGCCCAUAUUGACAGCCACCUGCGGCGUAUAACCACCAAACAGAAAACCCCAAUAAAGGAAUCUCCCACCCAGAGUGGGUGAUCCAA